CAUGGCGGGCUGGGUGGAGCGUAUCUGCGCACAACAAGGCAGGAGGGAGCUCUUGCUGCAACGAGCAGGGCGCGACCGCAUAAAAUUACACCUAGCUGAGUGCCUCACGUCGCUGUUACAACCGCGCCGCCCCUUCCUUUCGGUGCGCAUUCGUAUCACAGUCGGCAUACCGAAUCCAUUGAGAAUUGCACAUCAAAACACCGGUACUUGUCAUCAACAUGUUGUCCGCAAUUCGGCGUGCGACCGCGGGGCAGGUCCGCCUCGGUGGUGAGCUCGCGAUCCGCAGCGCAAGCCGUAUUGCGGUGCGAUUUGCUGCUCCUCAGCUCAUGCCCGUCGUGCCGAGCGGCAUCCGUGUCGCUGCCGUUUUCGCAAGGGGCUACGCCGGGCGUGGUCGCCCGAAAGGUUCGACAACCAAGACCUCUACCUCAGCAGAGGCCAAGAAGAAACCUGCGUCGAAGACUGGCAGAGCGAAGAAGACUGGCACUGCCAAGAAGACUGCCGCUGCGAAAAAGGCUCCUACCAAGGCGAAGAAGCCGCAGAAGAAGCCGGCGGAAAAACCGGCGCGCAGACCGAAGCGGGAGCUGACAGAGGAGCAGAAAACCAAGCUUGAGAUCAGGGAUCUGAAGAAGAAGGCGCUGGUGAGAGAGCAGCCAAAGGGGCUCCCGGACAAGCCGUGGAGUGUGUUCACCGCCCAGCGAUUGAGGGCAGCGGGCAGAAUGGAAGGACUUGAAGUCAUGAUGCCUCAGAUCUCGGUCGAUUUCAAAGCCUUGCCGUCUGACGAGGUCGAGAAACUUAAUGCCAUCGCGCAGCAGAACAAGGUCGCCAAUCAGGUGAAGUUCCAGAACUGGAUCGACAGUCAUACGCCCCAGGAAAUCCGUGCAGCGAACCUGGCCCGGCUGCAGUUGAGGCGGAAACAUGGCAUUACCAAAUACCGCAGCAUCCCCGACGCUCGUUACCCCAAGCAGAACUUGACCCCCUUCGUAGCAUUUGUCAAGUCGCGGUUCCCAUCCAUGGCCGAUGACCCUUCCCACGCAAAGGACAAGCUGAUGAAGAUCGCCGUCGAGUGGAAGGGGUUGAGCGCCGAGGAGCGCAAGCCCUUCCACGAGAUUGCAGCAACCGACACGGCCAGACGCCAGAAGGAGUUGGAUGCGUACCGCGAGCAAGGAAGCCAGUAGACGCGUCAUACGACUUCGGUUAAAUUGCAACGCCAUGCUCGACCAUUUGCAGGUUCGAGGAAGUUCUAGGCAAUGUUUCCGGUGGUAGUUCUGCGUUUUUUUACUUGGUGGGCUGGGCCUGAUGGAAAUGACUUGGGUUGUUGUGUAUGACCUGUCCAUGUACAAGUACAUAUCUAAGUUACCUACGACUUGGUGGUUCUCGCUACCUACCAGCAGGGAAGGAUCAGGUAUGGGUUAGGUAUGGGUCAAGUAUGGUAUCUUUACUCGAUAUGUGCCGACUAUGCCCUCUUAUAUGUUGAC